AGUCACAGCUCGACCCCUCGGUCAUUUACCAGCCAGUCAGCCUCCGCAGAGGAGCUCCUCAAAUCGCAAACCGUCGGUCUCGUCCAUCUCUCCGACUUUCGCAAGCGCCGCGCCGAGGUUCUCGAACAGAAGGAGCGGGAGGCACACGAUAAGUCUUUGGGGAGAGUUGCGUCUGGUAAUUCGAGAAGUGCCACUCCGUCGGCGGGCGAUGUAACUGACAGUAGCUCGAGGUCGCAAAGCGAGGGUCCUCCCAAAAAGAAGAAGAAGAAGCCACUAGCCAAGAGCAAGCUGUCGUUUGCUGAUGAAGAGGAGGAGACUGAGAAUACCGGUGAAGAAUCUGCGGCCACUCCGCGCGAGCUGAGUGUCCCGCGGUCCAGUUCCAAAACCCCCGCGGAGGACUCCUUGCCUGCAUCGCGACGGAUCACACCGAACCCCAACGCCCCUCCUCCUCCCAAAGCCAUCACAAAGGCGGCCGUGAAAGCAGAAACGGAAGCGCGAGAUGCCCUCCGCAAGGAAUUUCUGGUGAUGCAGGAUGCGGUCAAGAAUACCGAGAUCCUAAUACCUUUCAUCUUUUACGACGGCACAAACAUCCCGGCGGGGACGGUCAAGGUCAAGAAAGGCGACCCGGUGUGGCUGUUUCUGGAUAGGUGCCGCAAAGUUGGGGCGGAACUAGGUGUCGGGGGUGGCAGCCAUGCGUCGAAAGGACGGAAGGAUAACCGUCGUGAAUGGGCCCGAGUGAGUGUUGAUGAUCUUAUACUGGUGAAAGGCGAGAUUAUCAUCCCACAUCAUUACGAGCUGUAUUAUUUCAUCGCCAACCGCGUGCCGAACUAUUCGCUUCCGGGCGAGCUGCUAUUCGACUAUUCCGACAAACCCUCUGCAUCGGCGACAGAUGACCCCCUAUCGCGCCCGGAUAGUGAACAGCUGGAGGGUGGGGACAAAGACCCCACGACGACCAAAGUGGUCGAUCGACGAUGGUACGAGAGGAACAAGCAUAUCUUCCCGGCCAGUCUAUGGCGGGAGUAUGAGCCGGGGGGAGAGUUCGAGGAGAAGAUGCGUACGACAAGACGCGAUGCGUCGGGGAAUACUUUCUUCUUCUAG